AAAAAGUGAGUCUGGUGCAUUGAACAGAACUCAAAAACCAUGGAAGGAUUUCGGUCCUACAUCAUCUGUCUAAUCUUGUUUCUGACCCUAUUUCACAAGUCACACUCUCAACAAGAAUACCUUAACCAAACAGCCUUGAACUGCUCUAUUUCUCCUGGUAUCUCAAAAGGAUAUCUCUGUGAUAUAGGCCAUUUAAGUUCAUGUAACUCCAUUGUCACCUUCAGGUCUCGGACUCCAUACAACACAGCAAUCGACAUAGCCUAUCUCCUUGGUUCAGAAGCCUCUAAAAUUGCUUCACUUAACAGCAUAUCAUCUUUGGUUGACAAGAUUCCUGUCAACAAGUUGAUCAUGGUUCCUGUUUCUUGUCAAUGUUCCGGCAAUAUAUUCCAACAUUUCACUCCUUACACCGCCAUAAAUGGUUCAACUUAUUUCAUGAUAGCUACUGAGAAUUACCAAAGCCUGACCACAUGUCAAGCAUUGAUAGCUCAGAACUACUAUGAUCCCAAGAAUAUUCCAGUCGGAGCUGGCUUGAUAGUUCCGGUGAGAUGUGCUUGCCCAAGCCAAAACCAAACAGCGAGCGGUGUGGUCUCCCUUUUGACAUACACGGUACAGAAUGGUGACACAGCUACCUCCAUUGGCAAGAUGUUCGGGGUGAGUGGACAGAGCAUAUUGGAGGCCAACAUGUUGUCUAAAGGCAGCACAUUCUAUGCUCAUACGCCUAUAUUGGUUCCACUGACAAUGGAGAGUUGCUCAACCCACCCUGAAAUGUUCUUCUGUAACUGUCCAAAUGGUCAUCUUGGAAAUGGAGCCUCUGGUCUGACUUGCAUCUCAGAUGAUCUUGGUAAAAGAUUUCCAGCCAAAUUGGUAGCUUUAUUAGGUGUUGGCAUUGGAUUCGCACUCUUAUGCCUGUCACUAACAGGAUACAAGGUAUAUCAAUAUUUCAAUACAAGGAGAAUAAAAAUCCGCAAGGAGGGGUUUUUCAAGCAAAAUGGUGGCCUUUUGCUUCAAGAAAAAGUCACAUAUAAUGGAAGCCAUGAGAAAGCAAAGCUAUUUACAGAAGAGGAGCUUCAAAGAGCAACCGAUAACUAUAACCAAAGUCGUUUUCUUGGUCAAGGAGGCUAUGGAGCAGUCUAUAAAGGGAUGUUACCUGAUGGUACCAUAGUUGCUGUGAAAAGGUCAAAUGCAAUGGAUGGAAAUCAGAUUCAACAAUUCAUUAACGAAGUCCUCAUUCUAUCACAGAUUAACCAUCGAAACAUAGUAAAACUACUCGGUUGUUGUUUGGAAACUGAGACCCCUUUACUUGUAUACGAGUAUAUCUCUAAUGGGACACUCUUGCAUCACAUCCAAAAGAAACAACAUGAACCAAAGAUUUCCUGGGAGAACAGAUUAAGCAUUGCUUGUGAUGUUGCAGGAGCUUUAUCAUACAUGCACUUUUCAGCUUCAAUGCCUAUUUUUCAUAGGGACAUAAAAUCUUCCAACAUACUUUUGGAUGAAAAGUACAAUGCCAAAGUCUCUGAUUUUGGAACUUCAAGAUCAGUGCCGGAACACAAAACUCACUUGAGCACAGCAGUACAAGGAACUUUCGGGUAUUUUGAUCCAGAGUACUUUCAAUCAAGCCAAUUCACAGACAAAAGUGACGUCUACAGCUUCGGCGUUACACUUGUUGAGCUGUUAACAGGAGAAACUCCAUAUUCUUUUGCGAAAGACAAAGAUAAGAAUCUGGUUUCAACUUUUUUGUCAUUAAGGAAUGAAAAUUCUCUUUCCCAAAUUUUAGAUCCUCAAGUGACAAAAGAUGCACCUAAGAAGGAUGUUGAGGCAAUGGCAGAGCUAGCAAUGAGAUGUUUAAGGUUGAGUGGGAAGAAGAGACCAACAAUGAAACAAGUAUCGAUGGAAUUAGAAGGUCUAAGGGAAAGAAAAAGUAUAGCCAUGGAUUUGGUGGACGAAGAAGAACCUGAAUUUUCCAGAGAUGAAGAAAUGUACUGGUGUAUGAAUACAGCAAGUAGUUAUACCAUACAAGACACUAUACAGGAUCAGAGUACUGAUCAUAUAUCAAUGGUCAAUAUAUAAGUUCUUGCAUUAUAUAUUUCUGCAUAUUGUUGUAUGUGUCAGUGGAGGUUAUGCAAUAUGAUUAUAGCUUACUGGAGAUUGAAUCUCUGACAUUGUACAUGAAUCUUAAAUUAGGAAAUAGAUGGACUUUUUUUUUUGUGAAAAAUUAUUUUAAUUAGUGUAGUUUGUUUGGAUAUGUUUUGUAAAGUUAUUGUUGUUUAUACUUGAUUCAUCAUGAACUUUCUUCCUUGAUUU